GAAGGGUUUUAUUAUAUUCAUCAUUAGGGUAUCCAAGAUAAACACAAAGUGUGAUAUGAGAAAAGGAACACAUUGGGCUGUAAGAAUAAUAGAAGAAUGACUUUUGCAGUGAAAAUAAAAAUAAGACUCAAAGGAAUCCACAAAUUUAUUUUGAAAAAUAAUUGAAAAAAAUUUUUUAAAUUGGAUUAAUCCAUAAAUGUGCUAACACUAUUUGUAUGCUUUUGGUCAUGUUUUAAUUUUGUAAAAAAGUACUGCCUGUUUGAAAACAAAAAGAAAUUUUUAUAUAUCUCAAUAACAUUCAAUAUACCUCUUUAUUAUUAUUCCUACCAUCUGUUGCUUAGUGCUGUUAACCAGAAUCUGAGCAGUUUGACGUGGAAAGGUUUAGUAGCUUUAUUUACAAGUCUAAGACUGUUUCAAGAAACAGCUAACCAGCUAUACAAAAUAUAUUUUGCUAAAGGCAAUUAAAACCACAUUUGAUAGGCAAACAAUAAAACAUUCUGUAAAGACCAAUGACAAGGAAAUAAAGUCUGAAAAAAUGGAGAGAAGGUAUAUGAAAAAAACAAACAAAAAAAAAAAAAAACAAAUUGUAUUUCCGUUAGUGUGAGUGACAGAAGGCAGAGUGACAGUAGGUGGGGCUUUUAAUGUGCAGAGCAUCUCAGGAGAGCCAUGCUGAUUGCAAGGACUGCUGUGACUGAUCACAGUAUCAAAUACCUACUUCAGCAGAAGGGAUAACAAAGAAACACUGCAAUCAGCUAACGGGUGAAACUAUUAAUCAAAGAGAAGAAUGUCCAACAACAUGGCUAAAAUUGCAGAGGCUCGCAAAGCAGUAGAACAGCUUAAACUGGAGGUGAACAUAGACAGAAUGAAGGUAUCUAAAGCAGCAGCUGAACUGUUGGCGUACUGUGAUGCACAUGCAAAAGAAGAUCCACUUGUGACACCUGUGCCUUCCUCAGAGAAUCCUUUUCGUGAGAAGAAGUUGUUUUGUGUCCUUCUUUAACUGUUUGUCUUGCAGAGACAAGCUAGGAAGUCAAACAGCCCAGUACAUUAUGCUACAUUUUUGACUAUUCUCUGUGCAGCACUAUGGCAAUGAAGCAUAGAUAAAACCUAGAGAAUCAGCUUAUUCCAGUGACCACUACCCCUAGCAUUUUGGUUAUAAAUCUGUAUUUUGUUUCAACGCACUAAAUAUUUACUUUCAAAAAUUACAGUGGUCCAUGGAGAAGACAAUAUAUGGUUUUAUAUACAGCUCACUCAAUAUGUAAAACAAAUCUGACUGGGUUCUUUAAUGUAACUUUUUAAUAUUUUAUAUGAACAAUGGUAAUUAGCAUACUUCUAAGUAGCAUACGUGAUAAGCGCUGUCUGGAAAUGUGUGUGAAUAUCACAUAUGUUCAAUAAUCUAGAAAAUCUUUUUGCUGGAGUUUUAUUCACAUUAAAUCAUAUUUGUGCAUUUAUGAUACAAAAGACCUUCUCUGUAUAUGUGUUUAAGAAUAGAAAUGUUUUAGGAAAUAUGCUGUUGUCUCACCCAAAAGUUUGCAUUAAAAAGAUCCAUAUUAGGGUGUACAUACUGGAGAACUAAUAGUGAAUCCUUCACAUUCAGUUACUUGAUGGUAUUUGUAUCUACUAUACUGAGCUGUUUCAUGUAUGAGUUCAAACUGGACAUUUCAUUUCUCUGAUAUGUAAUGUUUAUCUCUCAUUAUGCUUCAAAUGGGGGAAAAAGAACAAUUAUUUUGCCUGUAGCAGGCCAAUUAGUCUAUUCAUCAAAGAAGACAAAAGUAUAUACACAUACACACAUACUUUUUCUUGCCUGAUAUGACCUUAUAUAGUCAGAAUAAUGACAAGAACUGUACAGAACUUCAGAGGGUACCAGAGCACUGUGUGCAUUCAAAGUAGUUUUUGAUAUAGUGCUAUUGUUUACUGAAUUUUCUUACUAUGAAGACAUCACAUACAGCCUUCAUUUUAAAAAUGCUUAAAGAAAUUAUUCUCUCCUUUUAACAUCAUUGAGUUGUUUCAAAUAUCUGAAAACAAAGUACCCAACAGUUAUAAAGAGCAAUUUUAAUUUACCAAGUGUUAAAAAUAAUGUAGUUUACCUUCUGGAAUUAUUAACUGUUUUUCAUUAUGUAAUGCCCAAAACAGAAAUAAACAGCUGCAGUCGAUACUACUAUUUAUGGUCACAUUUAUUACCCUUUUCCAUUGCAUUGCUUUCCCUGUAUUCUCAGAUAAUUGUUAGUUUCACUUCCAUACCCU